AUGGUAUUACGUCCUCAAUCAAUUUCAAUGCAUAGCAAUAAUUCCGAGUUAUUUAUUAGCAGAUUGAUGCAAGAUUACAAUUUGGACAAUGAAUGUAAUUCUCACAUACUGAGUCAAGCGGAACAAUAUUUUUCGGAAACAUUCGACGCGUCAGAUGACAUGAACGUUCUAAUUGAUAAGCUAAUCGGUCUCAUAAUUAAAACGCAGGAUGAAGGAAACAAUUUCAAUGAAACAAUGCAUUUUAUUAAUCAAUGUAUAUACCUUUCCAAUCACAGUUCAAGUAGUAUUUUUGAGUGUAUAAAUUUUGAGAAAAAUGAAAAUAAAGCAUUUCAAUUGUUUUCUAGAGCUUCAGAAGAUAAUUAUCCCAUCGCACAAGUAUAUUUAAAAGCGGCCUUUAAAAUAUGUGAAGAUUUAGCCGAGCAAGGAUUUGAUAACGCCCAGGUAUUUUUAGGUUGCUUAUAUGAUAAUGGUGAAGGUAUCAAGAAGGAUUUAAACAAAUCCAUUUAUUGGUAUAAUAAAGCGGCAGAGAAUAAAAAUGAAAUCGCACAAUAUAACCUUGGUCAAUGUUAUAGAUUAGGAAUAGGUAUUGAGAAAAAUGAAACCAAAGCCUUUGAAUAUUAUAAACUAUCCGUCGAAAAGGAAUAUGUGCAAUCAUCUGAAAAAGAAUAUGUAGUUGCACAAUUUCAACUUGGAUAUUGUUAUUACAAUGGAAUCGGAACCGAUAUCAAUAAGGAAGCGGCUUUUAUAUUAUAUCAAACAGCAGCAGAAAAAGAAUAUAAUACGGGUCAAAUUUGGCUUAGUUAUUUAUACGAAAAAGGUGAAGGAACGGAAAAGGAUUUAGAAAAGGCUAAUUUCUGGUAUAAUAAAUCAGCAGGGACCGAAAACAAGUUGGCUCAAUAUAAUUUGGGUAAUUGCUAUACAUUUGGAAUAGGCGUCGAAAAAGAUGAAAUGAAAGCUUUUAAAUAUUACAAACAGUCUGCUGACAAGGAGUUUGUAGAUGCACAAUUUCAACUUGGAUAUUGUUAUGAGAAUGGAAUUGGUACUGAAAUCAACAAAGAUGAAGCAUUGAGAUUAUAUAAAAUAGCAGCUGAAAAGGAACAUAGUAAAAGUCAAAUUAUCCUUGAGAAUGCUAAUUUCUGGUAUAAAAAAGCGGCAGAAAAUGAAAAUGAAGUUGUACAAGGUAACUUUAAAUCCUUAAAGCGAAAUAGCUUCGUUAAUAUUAAAUUCAGUUCGGACAAAAUAAAAACCAGUUCGUUCUUAAAUGGACUUCAGCAAAUACAACAAUAUUCAUGGGAUUCGAGUGUAUGGAAAAGUUGA